GGGCCUAUAAGAGCUCAUUAGCCUACUUUCACAUUCAUCAGCCCAACCCGGACCGGCCCAUUUUUCAUUCACUCUCUUGACUGUUGAUAGUUGAACAAAAUUCAGUUCAGUCAUUGAUCUACACUAGGGUUCCUUCACCCUAAACCAUCCAAUAUGCUACCAUUUUAUUGAUCUUCGACCUCCACUUCCACUUUCUCCAGCUCAAUUUUUGUCUGUACAACAAGAAAAGAAAGUCAGAAGGGCAAAAAAGGAAAGUAAAUAAUGGCUGGAAAUGCUUUAGUUCAUGUAUCAACAACAAAUUCUACUAUGUUUCCCAUCAUACCCAGUAGAAAAAACGUGUUGGGUAAUCGUUUUUUAUGUAUAAAAACACCAAUCAAUCCUAAAAAUCAAGUCUUUACAGUGAAAUCAAUGGCGGGUCGUAGUCAAGAACAAGAACGAGAGCAACAACAACAACAACAACAACAACAACCCGCAUCGUCUUCAUCGGAGCAGAAAGGUCCGCUUUCUGUCAUAUUAGAGGUUCCAAAGAAUAUAUGGAAGCGAACUAUGCGUCCAUUGAGUGAUUUUGGGUUUGGGAAAAGGAGCAUUUGGGAAGGUGGGGUUGGGUUGUUUGUUGUUUCGGGUACGGUGUUGUUGGCACUAAGUUUGGCUUGGUUGAGAGGGUAUCAGUUGCGGUCUAGGUUCAGGAAGUACUUAGCUGUGCUUGAGUUUGAGCAGGCUUGUGGAAUUUGUACUGGCACACCUGUUAGAAUUAGAGGAGUAAAUGUUGGUAAUGUGAUUCGCGUUAAUCCUUCAUUGAGAAAUGUUGAGGCUGUUAUUGAGGUUGAUGAUGAUAAGAUAAUUAUCCCUCGAAACUCAUUAGUUGAGGUGAACCAAUCUGGUCUUAUCAUGGAGACCAUGAUUGAUAUCACACCUCGAGAUCCCAUCCCAAUACCUUCUGCAGGGCCCCUGGAUCCAGAUUGUAUUAAGGAGGGUCUGAUUGUUUGCGACAGGCAAAAGAUAAAAGGACAACAAGGGGUUAGUUUAGAUGAAUUGGUUGGUAUAUUCACACGUCUUGGCCGUGAAGCAGAAGAAAUUGGUUUGUCGAAUACCUAUGCUUUGGCUCAGAGAGCUCUAAAUGUUGUUGAGGAGGCACGACCGCUGCUUACAAAGAUUAAAGCCAUGGCUGAGGAUGUCCAACCUAUGCUAGCUGAUGUUCGUGAUAGUGGCUUGCUGAAGGAAGUUGAUAGUUUAACCCGAAGCUUGGCACUAGUAACUGAGGAUAUAAGGAGAGUGCACUCCACGGUCAUGACUCCUGAGAACACUGAAUUGAUACGAAAGUCCAUAUAUACGCUGGUCUUCACUUUGAAGAAUGUUGAGAGCAUUAGCUCCGACAUUUUGGGAUUCACUGGUGAUGAAGCUACUCGGCGCAAUUUGAAAAUGCUUAUCAAAUCGCUGAGCAGGCUAUUGUAAAGUUGAUGAAUGUUGAAUCUGAUUAAUGGCUUGCAAUACUAGUAAGAAAGGUUGCUGUGUUUGGUAAUGAGCGAGUCCCUUGGGCUAUGGAUUACAUAGGGUGGGUGUAUGUCUUGUUUCUGUUAAUCCAAUAGGUGUGAAGCCUUCCAUUUUCACCUUUGUUCCGUCAUAGAAAUUGCAAUAUAAAUGCCAUUAAAAGUUGUUUUCACAAGUUUGAAUUUUGAUUCUUUUGUCACUUUUUUCUCCGUUUCCUUGUAUCAAUAUUUCGAAAUUCCUACAUGUGGUUUUUGAAGUUAUUCUACUUGUCCUCAA